AUGGCCACUAUUAAGUUGAACUCAGGAUACGAGAUGCCUCAGGUUGGUUUCGGCUGCUGGAAAGUCGACAACAAAACCUGUGCUGACCAAAUCUACAAUGCCAUCAAAGUCGGUUACAGAUUGUUUGACGGCGCUGAAGAUUAUGGUAACGAAAAAGAAGUUGGCGAAGGUAUCAACAGAGCCAUUGCUGAUGGCUUGGUUGCUCGUGACGAGUUAUUCGUUGUCUCGAAGCUCUGGAACAACUUCCAUCACCCUGACAAUGUGGAAAAAGCUUUGGACAAGACAUUGAGCGACUUGAACCUCGAGUACCUUGACUUGUUUUUGAUCCAUUUCCCAAUUGCUUUCAAGUUUGUUCCUUUCGAAGAAAAGUACCCUCCAGGAUUCUACUGUGGAGACACCAACAAGUUCAUUUACGAAGACGUUCCAAUCAUUGACACUUGGAGAGCUUUGGAAAAGUUGGUGGAAAAGGGAAAGAUUAGAUCCAUUGGUGUUUCCAACUUCAAUGGCUCCUUGCUUCUCGACUUGCUUAGAGCUGCUAAGAUCAAGCCUGCUGUUUUGCAAAUCGAGCACCACCCAUACUUGCAACAACCACAGUUGAUCAAAUGGGUCAAGAGCAAAGGAAUUGCUGUGACUGCGUACUCUUCGUUUGGUCCUCAAUCAUUCGUUGAGUUGAACCACCCUAAGGUCGGUAGCUGCACCACAUUGUUCGAACACGAAGACAUUGUCUCCAUCGCCAAAAAGCAUGGAAAGAGCCCUGGCCAAGUCUUGUUGAGAUGGGCUACUCAGAACGGUCUUGCUGUUAUUCCAAAGUCCAACAAAACCGAACGUUUGGUUCAGAACUUGAAUGUCAACGAUUUUGACCUUUCUGCUCUGGACUUGAGUGCCAUUGCUAAAUUGGACAUUGGCUUGCGUUUCAAUGAUCCAUGGGACUGGGAUGAAAUCCCAAUCUUCCACUAG